UUUUACAUUAAGGUAGAGUAGUUAAGAAUUAAAAAUCAAUUUAUAAAGUUUUUUUAGACCUUAUAGUUAAUAAAAUUUACCUUGGCAGUUGUUGAAACUGGAAUGACAUUUGGUAAUUUAGUUCUUUCUCAUAGAAAUGCUCGCACGAAGUUAAUUUACGUGUGCGUAAAUUCAUUUGAAUAUUUUUAAUUAUAUCUUAGUAAAAAAGUAUGAUACUUAAACGUAAAUUACAAACUAUAUUUUUAAUAUAUUUUUUUCAAUCAUAUUUUCAUGUAAAAAUUGUGCUCUCUAUUCAGACUACAAAUGCAAACGAAUUUUGCUAUUCAAAAAAUUACACGGAGCCACCAUUCUUAAAAAAUCGAUGUCAAGCAUACCCGCGAUUACAUGAUUUUAUGACCGUCGCAGACAUAUUAAUCAGAUCAGAUUGUCAUUUAGUAAAUGGUUGUAGAAAAAUUGUGGAUAAUUUAGAUGAUACAAUAGAAGAAGCAGACUUUAUAGUUGUUGGUGGAGGAGUUGGUGGUUCUGUGGUAGCUAGUCGUUUAUCAGAAAAUCCAGAAUGGACAGUUGUUUUAUUAGAAGCCGGACCAGAACAACCAACAGCCAUCGAUAUUCCCGCAUUAGUAUUUUCUGCUCUAGGUACUAAGUACGAUUGGCAAUAUGUAACAGAGCCACAAAAAAACGCUUGUUUAAUUACCAAAGGUGUAUGUGCUUGGCCUAGAGGAAAACUUUUAGGUGGGACAGGUGCUCUCUCAGGUUCGAUGUACUCAAGAGGACAUCGCCAAAUCUAUGAUAAUUGGUUAAAAGCAGGAAAUAGAAAAUGGGGAUUUGAAGAUGUAUUACCAUUUUUUAUGAUGUCCGAAAAUAAUCUAAACUUUAGACAGGAUAAAUACUUAAAAUAUCAUGGACAAAACGGUCCGUUACCUGUAAUGCAUCCUACAUUUAUGAAUCCUGUGACAGAAAUAAUACUUGAAGCUGGUGAAGAAUUGGGUUACUCACGAAUAGACAUGAGUGAUCCAGAAGCUUUUGGAUUUUCUUUCGCUCAAAUUAUGAUGAAAAAUAAUACAAGAGUAACCAUACCCACAGCAUUUCUAAGACCUCACCUAAACCGUAAAAACUUAAAAAUUAAAAUUAACAGAUUCGUGACUAAACUUUUAAUCAAUCCAGUUAAUAAAACAGUUUAUGGUGUUGAAUAUAUUGACAAAACUAACAAAACACACAAAUUGAUUGCCAAGAAAGAAGUUAUUCUAUCCGCAGGAGUAAUAGGUUCUCCGCAUUUAUUAAUGUUAUCGGGAAUUGGUCCAAAAUAUGAUCUAGAAUAUUUAGGAAUACCCGUAGUUGAAAACCUUAAAGUUGGGUACCACCUUCAACAUCAUGUUUCUGUAGCUUUAAAUAUAAAAAUGAAUAUGACAAACAACCUUUUAUUUACAUAUGAAUCUAUUAUUGAGUAUUUAAAUCAUAGAACUGGUCCAAUAUCACAAACUGGUGCCUUACAAGCAUCGGCAUUUUUGAGAUCUGAUCAGUCAAAUGCCAAUCAACCCCCUGAUAUACAGUUAUUUUUUGAUGGUUAUUCACCUAACUGCGAAAAUGCACAAGUGCAUUAUGGUUGCUCAAAACCUAUUGGCAUUGAGAAUUUUGACAUUAGAGUGGUUAAUAUACUACCACGUAGUACAGGCUCUAUAAAACUUGUUAGUUCAAAUCCAUUUGUCAGACCUUUAAUCAAUCCCAAUUAUUUAGCAUUUGAUACUGAUUUUAAAGUAUUACUUUCGGGUAUAAAACUAAUUAAAAAAAUCAUAAAUACUGAAGCUAUGCAAAAAUUAGGAGCUAAAUUGGAUGAAACGCCGGUAAAAGAAUGUAUGAACUUCAAUUUUGAUACUGAAGAGUACUGGAGAUGUUAUAUUAAGUACUAUACGAGUGGUGAAAAUCAUCACUCAGGCACGUGUAAAAUGGGACCACCUUCAGAUUGUAAUGCUGUAGUUGACGAUGAAUUGAGAAUUCAUAAAAUUAAAGGAAUUCGUGUAGCUGAUGCAUCAAUUAAGCCAAUUCAACCGAACUGCAACCCAAUAGCUCCUACAAUCAUGAUCGCUGAAAGAGCUGCACAUUUUAUCAAGAAUACUUGGAAGAUAAAUUCAUGAUACAUUAAAAAAAAAAAAUCUGUGUAAUUAUACAUAAAUAAACUGUCAAUAUUGAUAGAUAUAAAAUAUCA